CGAAAUUUAGUUCAAACGACAAACUUCAAGUUUUUCAUUGUUGUGACUCCAAAAACACUUAAUUGUUCACUGAUGAGGCACACAAUCACUCGGGCGCCAAUAGUUCGAGGAUUUUUGCGCAGAAAUUUAUUAUUCUGUGAGGAGAAAUUGUUGUUAGGCAGUUUUUUAAACAUUUUGUAAUAGCUUAAGACUCAGAGGUUAUGUUUUACAACCACUUCAAUCGAUCAACUUCAGGUUUAUCAUUGUUGUCACUCCAGGGUGCGUUUCGGAAUCAACUACCGUAGCUGCAGUAAAGCGAAAUUAGAUAGGGUUACAGUACUGCUACUGCUACUAAGUCGAUUGCGAAACGCGCCCCCAAAAGCACUCAAUUGUUGACUGAUAAGGCACAACAAUCACUCGAACGCCACCAAUUCGAGGAUUUUUACGCAGAAAUUUAUUAUUCUGUGAGGAGAGAGUGUUGUGACAGUUUUUAAUCUUUUGUAAUACUUCAAGACUCAGAGGUUAUAUUUCAUUACGUAAGGAUACUCGUGUUCACCCGUUAUUGCUCCAAAAUAACUCCAGUACAAUAAAUCGAAUGAGUAAUUGUCAAUUGGAGUUUUAAGUAAAAAUGAAUACUGAGAGUUCUGGAGUGGAGCAGAAAAAAAUUCAAGUCAAGGAGAAAAUAGUUAUUAAGGAACGGGAGUACACUGAUCAACUCAUUAACUGUUCUCAAUCGGCUUUUUGGUCUGGAUGCGGUGCUUUUUUGGGAGUGGUAUUUUCCGUUCCCUUCAUCAUCAAAAGAUUGAAAUUCAUUCCGACAUCGGUUGAAGUACGAGCAGUGACUGGAUUCAUAUCUGCUCUGGUUGCAGCUCAGCAGAUAGCUGAAACUACAAAGAAAAAUUGCGACAAGAAGCUAGCAGAAAAGUACGACUACAUACCGUAUGAGCUCUAGUCUCUGGACCUUCAAAAAUGAUCUCAAUCUACAAAUUAAGGCAUGUCACUCAGCUCUUCCCCUUCUACUCCCAGAAGAAAUGCUUGGAGUCUGCCUUCACAAGCAAAAUCCCCCAAAAAUCCUGGACAAUCUCCAGAUUCAUCAGUGAAUCCUCGGAGAAAGAGAAACUACCGCUCUCAGAGAUCAAUCUGGACUCUGAAUAUACAGAGAUAUCGAGACAGUAUCUCAACCCGAAUUUAGCUGGUCAUGGAGCCCUGGUUAUUCAGCCCCACAUUAAACACGGGCGUAAUAAAAGAAAAAAUACGACUGCUGAUCUGCAACUGCAGGAAGCAGUGGCUCUGAUAGAAACACUGAACAACUGGUCUGUGGUGGAGGCAAUGCGCAUCGGACUGAUGUCUCUCAAGAAGAAUAGCUUGUUUGGAAAAGGGAAUCUGGAAAUGCUGAGGGAUAAAGUUAGAAAAGAUCCCAACAUCACUGCAGUCUUCAUUAGUAUUAAUUUACUGAGACAUGUUCAGGUGACGGAGCUCCAGAGUUUAUUCGGUGUUCCAGUUUACGAUAGAUAUUCCAUAGUCAUCCAGAUAUUUCGGGAACACGCGAAGACGACUGAGGCGAAGCUCCAGGUGGCUCUCGCUGAGUUGCCUUACAUCUGGAAGAAGAUCUCUCUCACUGAGGAGGACACCGGGGGGAAGAUCAACCUGAGCGAGUCGAGGAGAAUGGUACUACAUGCUAGGGAAGCCAAGUUGAAAAACUCUCUGAAGAAACUCAGGGAGCACAGGAAGAUGAUCAGGAGCAGCAGGACGAUCAGGGAUAUCCCUAGUGUGGCUGUUGUGGGGUACACCAAUGCUGGCAAGACCUGUCUCAUCAAGGCACUGACUGGGGACGAGUCCCUUGUGCCAGAGAAUAAAUUAUUCGCCACGUUGGAUACCACUGCUCAUGCAGGACUGUUACCUUGUAGAUUGAAGGUCCUUUAUAUGGAUACUAUCGGCUUCAUUCAGGAUAUUCCUGAGGACUUGAUCGAACCUUUUGUGGCUACUUUCGAGGAUGCAAUUUUAGCGGAUGUCAUUGUUCAUGUAUUUGACGCGAGUCAUCCAGACAAAGAGGCGCAGAUAGAGCACGUACGCGAAACACUUGCCAGGAUUAUGAUAGAUUUGAAAACAAAGGAGAAACCGUUAAUCGAAGUUGCUAAUAAAUGCGACUUGAUACCGAGUGGAACAGUGCCUGAAAAUAUCUUGGGGGUAUCGGCAGUCAAUUCCACUGGUAUUGAUUUAUUGAGGCAACAGAUUGAGAGGGAAUUGUUAUCAGCGACGGCGAGAACUUCGAUGGUGAUUAGAGUUAAAUCGGGAAGCUCUUCUGCAGCGUGGCUGUACAAAGAAAUCACUGUUACCAAUGCUGAAGCUGAUCCAGAAAAUCCAGAGUAUAUUCUGUUGCGUGUUGUUGCUACAGAACUUCAACUUCAUAGGUUUAGGAAAUUUUUGAAAAAUAAAUGAGGCUUUUCUCAUCGUUCGAAA